UUGAGGUGUUACUGUGGAUAUCACCAUGCCUUUUCUCCUGUGCUUGAAAAGAAAGAAGUCACCUGUGCCUUUAGGCAGGAGUAUCUUCCAGAAACACCCCACUCUUACCCAGCAGAACUAUCAGGCCUUGCUGGAGACUUGCUUGAAGAACAAUCACCUGUUCACAGAUGACACCUUCCCUGCUCACAUCAGCUCUAUAGGAACUGGAGCACUGCUGAAGAAACUGCCUCAAAAUUUACAGUGGAAGAGGCCACAUGCUUUGCAUAGAAGUCCAGUAUUUUAUGGUGCAAACAGAAAGCAACUUGAUCUCUGCCAAGGAGUGGUGGAGAACUGCUGGUUCCUGGCGGCCCUGCAAGCCCUGACGUUCCACCAGGACAUCUUUGCUGCAGUUGUGCCACAAAACCAGAGCUUUGAGAGGAAAUAUGCCGGCAUUUUCCACUUCCAGUUCUGGCAUUUCGGUGAAUGGGUUGAUGUGGUGGUUGAUGAUCUCCUGCCUGUGAAUGCGGCAGGGGAGCUGAUCUUUGUUUCCUCAGUCUAUAAGAACGUGUUCUGGGGAGCCCUUCUGGAGAAGGCAUAUGCUAAACUCUAUGGCUCCUAUGAAGAUCUGCAAUUUGGGCAAGUUUCAGAAGCCUUGGUGGAUUUUACAGGUGGUGUUAAUAUAAGGAUGAAGCUUGCAGCAGCUCCUCCUGAUCUGUGGGAUAUCCUGACCAGAGCAACCUACAGCAGAUCUCUCAUGGGCUGUCAGACACAUUUAGGGGCAACAAAGGUCCUGAAGAAUGGGCUUGUUGCUGGCCAUGCCUACACAGUGACUGGUAUUAGAAAGGUAACCUGUCAAUAUGGACCGGAAAACCUAGUGAGACUGAGAAAUCCAUGGGGAAAAAUCGAAUGGAAAGGGGACUGGAGUGACAGCUCUUACAAAUGGGAGCUGCUGAGCCCAAAGGAGAAGAUUUUGCUGAGGAAAAAGAAGGAUGAUGGAGAAUUCUGGAUGUCUCUGCGAGAUUUUAAGAUUCACUUCGUAGAUCUGAUGAUCUGUAAGUUAACUCCAGACCUGAUGAGCCAGGAAGAUGGGAAGAAGUGGAUGUACUCCCUGAAGAGGGGGAGAUGGGUUAAAGGAAGUACAGCAGGAGGAAGUCUGGGAUUCCGUAAUGGCACAUUUUGGAUGAACCCUCAGUAUUGGCUGAAUGUUUUGCCCGCUGAAGACAGUAAGAAAAACUUGGGUUCCUGCGAUGUGGUUAUAUCCCUGAUGCAGAAACACAGCAGCAAACACCGGAACCGAGCUCCCCACCUCUUCAUUGGAUUUUCACUCUACAAGUACCAAGAAAGCAACAGAAAGCUUCCCCCAGCAUUCUUCACCCAACAUCAGCCUGUGAACAAGCACCAGGUCUUCCUUGAUGAGCGAGAGGUGACUCAUGACUUCCACCUGGAGCCUUGUGUCUAUGUGAUUGUCCCAGCCACCCUGGAGCCUCAGCAGGAGGCUGAAUUCAUCCUGCGGGUCUUCUCCAGGAAGCACGUUCUUCGGGAAAUGGGUGGCAACACCAGUUUCACCCUAUCUAAGGAAAUUGUAGAUAGGUAUGAGGGCAAGAUCUGGGAGGAUUUCUUCACAAAAUAUUUUGAACAGAAUCCUGAAAUAAAUGCUGUUCAGCUCCAGAGAAUCCUGAAUAAUAUAUCUUGGAGAAAUUUCCAGAGUUUUCACCUGAAUUUCAGUCUGGAUGCCUGCCAGGGUAUCCUGGCGCUCCUGGAUCUGAACACCUCUGGCACGCUGAGUAUCCAGGAAUUCAGAGUCCUGUGGAAAAGGCUGCUUUUCUAUUUGGAAGUGUUCCAGAAAAGAGAUACUAGCAGAUCAGGAAGGCUUCACCUUGUGGAACUGCAUGCAGCUGUACAGGAGACAGGUAUUUCCCUCAGCAAUGAAGUCUGUAAUUUGAUGGCAAUCAGAUAUGGUGACCCUGACUUGAAGAUCCGCUUUGAGAGCUUUGUGUGCUUCAUGCUUCGAGUGGAGAUCAUGGGAGAGGCCUUUCGCAACUUAACUCAAGAUGGCAAAGGGAUUUAUCUCCAGGAAUCCGAGUGGAUGAUGAUGACACUGUAUUCCUGAAGCAAUGCUGUAGUCAAGGGGACAACUAAGCCUGUACCAGGAUGAGGAAGGCUGCUUUGUAUCAACUUGCUGUACACUCUGGCUCAGCCCUGCAAUUUACCAUUUAUGAAGAGUCUUCCCCUCAAGCAGACUUGACUCAAUAACCACAGACUUGGUGAACUGGAGUUUUGCUAAUUAAUGUAUUUAUUUUGAGUCCUAUUUCACUUCAGACAACCCAUGUGAGAAAAGGCUGAUGGAUGCCAACCACUGUGAGUGCACAGUGUGACACUAUGGAGCAUAGUGGCUGAGUUGCUGUGCUUGGUGCUGGGGUUCUUGUACCUGGGAGAGGAACAGCUCCUGCCCCAAGUGGCUUGUCCUCUAAUAGAGGAAAUCCCAGUUCUGCAGCUGCCAAGUCCAUGGUGGAGGGCAGGAGUCUGUGCUUGUGAGGAAGAAGGGGUGGUGACUCUCUGAAUGAAUGCUCUUCCCUAACCGUGACUUGGAAAAGGGAUUUGCAAGCAUUCAAACCAUCUCUUUUGCCUUUAGAAGUCAGCAUAGUUCUAUUGAAGUGAAACUAAAUUGAUUUGACCAAGCGAUGAGCCAGGCCUCCAGCUCUUUGUUGUAGAUGGAGGCUGUGAUGUUUGCAUAUUUAUUUCAGAAUGGCAGUGGGUUCUCUGUGCAGACUGAAAAGUACAGUACAGUGAGAAGUAAAUUGAUCCCAUAUUGUCUUUAAGUCACUGGAGAUUGGCAGGGAGUAAUGUUCUCUGUAGCAUGAUGCAGGAGCAGUCUGGUAAAACAUUUGGGUAUUUGUCAGUUACUUUUUAUAAAGCAGAAUGAGAUAGUGUGUGUGUG